UCCACUUCCCUUCAACACAGUUCAACAACUUCAAAAGUGUUCUUUUCUUCUUCCCUCUCUUUCCAUCAUUUGAAUCUCUCUCUCUGUUCCUCUCUCUCUCUGUUCCUCUCUCUUCUAUACGCAUUCUCAUUGCAAAAACCAUGAAGCAAAAGAGCAACAACGCAACGAGUGGUUUCUUAGGAAGCAUCUCUUCCUCUUCCAUCAGAAACCUUCUUCCCAGAUCUUCAACACGCAGACCCACUUCUUCAAACCCCAAAUCCGACGCCGAAAACACUCCCCCAACCCACCCAAACAUUCCCCUCAAUCAUCCCAGCAAAGCAUUUUCUCACAACAACCCUCAUGUGAAGGUUGUGGUGAGAAUUAGACCUGAAAGUAGCAAUGGAAAAGAAGGAGAUUGGAAAGUUAAGAAGGUUUCUUCAGAUGCCUUGUGUGUUGGGGAUAGGAUGUACACAUUUGAUGAAGUUUUUGAUACCAACUCCAAUCAGAAAGAUGUUUUUCAGUCAAUUGGUGUUCCCUUGGUUAGAGAUGCUUUAGCUGGUUACAACACUACAAUUCUGUCAUAUGGCCAGUCUGGAAGUGGAAAGACUUAUACAAUGUGGGGUCCCCCGAGUGCCAUGGUUGAGGAGCCCUCGUGUCAAAGUCACCAGGGGAUAGUUCCUCGGAUCUUCCGAAUGUUGUUUUCUGAGCUUGAGAGAGAGAGACUUAUGUCUGAUCAGAAACAGUUCAUCUAUCAAUGCCGUUGUUCUUUUCUUGAGAUAUAUGAUGAAAGAAUUGGGAAUUUACUGAAUCCAACCCAACAUAACCUUGAGAUGAAGGACGAUUCCAACAGUGCAUUAUAUAUUGAGAAUCUGAUUGAGGAAUAUGUCACCUGCUAUGAUGAUGUGGCCCAAAUUCUGAUUAAGGGUCUCUCAAGCAGAAAAAUUGGUGCUACGAGCUUAAAUUCAAAUAGCUCGAGAUCACAUAUCAUUUUCACUUUUGUCAUUGAGUCUUUGUAUAAGGGGACCACAAAGGGUUUCAGUUGUUCAAAAGUUAGCAAAAUCAGCCUUAUUGAUCUUGCUGGAAUGGACAGUGAUACAGUUGACGACGGAGGCAGCCAAUGUCUCAGGGAGAGCAGCUAUGUAAAGAAAUCAUUAUCUCAACUUGGGCAUUUAGUGGAUGCUAUGAUCCACAAAUCUCAGUCUGGAGAAAAUGUAGACCUCGCACACAGUAAAUCAUGUUUAACACGUUUACUACAAGAAUCACUUGGCAGAAAUACCAAAGUUUCAGUAAUAUGCUCCGUCUCCCCUGAUAACAAGAGCAAUGGUGAAACCCUGCAGUCACUCGGCUUCGGAGAGCGUGUAAGAUCCAUCAGAAAUGAGCCAGUUAUCAAUGUAAUAAAGGAGGAUGACAUUGAUUUGAGUGACAAUAUCCGGCACUUGAAGGAAGAACUUAUUAAAGCAAAGGCUGAUGUUCAUGGCUCAGUUGGUAGUAAAAAUGGAUGCUUCCAGGGACAUAAUGUGCAGGAAAGCCUUAAUCAGUUGAGAGUCAGCUUAAACCGCUCUCUACUCUUAUCUAACUUUGAUAAUGAUACUGAUGAUGAUAUAAUUGUCAACGCGGAUGACAUAAGGCAAUUACGCGAGCAAAUUGAUGAAAUGGAUAGUUCAUGUGAAGGGAAUCCAAAAGACAUAUUUAUCAGUGAAGACCGUGUCCAGUUUUGUUCUAUUGAGGAAAAUUGUGAUGAAGACUUGAUCAGUGAUGAUGGAAUUGAAAAAGUGGAGGUAUGCAAUGUAAAAAGAUGGAGUCAGCCUUGUCAUGAGGACAUUAUGGUAUCAGCAGAUAAUACUCCAAUACUUGAUGGACCACAGUUGUCUGAAUCUCCAAAAUUCAGCAAUAACCAACGGAAAAGUGUGGCUAUUUCGUCGAGUUAUCUUGGAAGAGGGAACAAUGUUGCUGGGAGUUCAACUUUCAGUAAAGAUGUGCUAGGAAAGUCAUUUAAAAGGGGUGAGCAUAUGCGGUCCUCAUUACAGUCAAGCAGGGCAGAAUCCUUGGCAGUAAACCUUCAAAGGGGAAUAGAGAUAAUUGACUAUCACCAGCAGAACUCAGCAUUGAACAGAUCUUCAACUUCCUUCUCCUUUAAGCACUUAACUUUGACCCCAGAAAUCGACAAGGUUGAAUCUUAUGAUCAAACAAUACAACAGAAACCUACCAGUGACAAAGUAACUGCGGCAUUCAUUUGUGCAUAUUGUAGGACAAAAGUUUCUAAUCCUAAUCAGGACUCCACUGAAGUCCAAGACAGCUUCAAAUCCUCGUUUGAAACAGUUGGACAGAAGGGAAAUCCUGAAGGAUUGACAGAUAAAGUUCCAAAACAUUUGAAUAAAUUAAUGGCAAAAGACAUCAUGAGAGAGAAGGAGCUUGAAAAUGUUUGUAAGAUGCAAGCGGCUAGAAUUGAGCAACUUAAUCAAUUGGUGGAGAAAUUGAAAGAAGGGAAAGAACUGAACUCCAUUACUGUGUAUAGCCAGUGUAAAGAGUAUAAUUCAAUGAAGGAUGAAAACAAGCUUCUGAGAAGCACUUCCUCAAAUGGUCAUUUACCAUCUAUCAUAGAGGAAAAAAGUGAAAUGAAAGAAGUCCAGGAAGCGUUAGCUCAGAGAGAUGUCUCUUUUGAUUCAGCUGAGAAGGAAUCACUUCUUGAUGAAAUUCGGAAUCCAAGGAGCAAGCUGCAAUUAUAUAGUGAUGCACCAGCAAAAAAGUAUACUGACAAACUUAGAUCUUCUUUGAUAUCAAGAUCCAUACAACUGCAAAAUAGUGGUGUAUUUUCUCAUGAUAGUAGUAGUGAAGAUCUAGAGAAUGAAAGACAGAGAUGGACAGAAAUGGAAAGUGAAUGGAUUUGUCUUACUGAUGAACUUAGAGCUGAUCUUGAGUCCUACCGCCGGCGUGCAGAGAUGUUGGAGACAGAGCUGAAGUUGGAGAAGAAGUCCACAUCAGAGAUGGAUGAUGUACUAAAAAGAGCAGUUAUUGGGCAUGGUAAAAUGGUAGAACACUAUGCUGAUCUGCAAGAAAAAUACGAUGACUUGGUGGCUAAGCAUGAAGCUAUAAUGGAAGGAAUAGCAGAUGUGAAGAAGGCAGCAGCAAAAGCUUCAAAGAAAGGUCAAGCCCGCUUUGCCAAAUCUCUUUCCGCUGAGCUUUCUGUGUUAAGGGUAGAGAGAGAAAGGGAAUCAAAGCUGUUGAAAAAGGAGAACCAGAAUUUGAAGAUUCAACUUCGAGACACUGCUGAAGCUGUUCAAGCUGCUGGAGAACUACUUGUUAGACUAAGAGAAGCUGAACAAGCAGCAGCAUUUGCAGAGGAGAACUUUGCAAAUUCACAAGAAGAUAAUGAAAAUUUGAAAAUGAAAAUGGAGAAGCUGACAAGAAAACACAAGACGGAGAUUGAUACCAUGAAGCAGUACCUUACAGAAAGCAAAUUACCAGAGUCUGCACUGCAACCACUGUAUGGACAGGAUCCUAAUGUUACACACAACAGUGCAACUUCCUCCGACACUUAUUACGAUGAUCAGGCAUGGAGAGCAGAAUUUGGAGCAAUAUAUCAGGAAUACUACUAAUUCAACUCUUGUUGUUACAAUAAGCAAAUGAUCAGUACACAUAAGAUCAAACUUCCACCUGUUCUUCUGCCAUUUAGAUCUCACUGGGAUCAAAAGGUGCCUAAAACCUGUUAAUAUAUAUUUUUUCCUUGCUGUA